AUGAUGACAAAUUCAUUAAGCGAUAAGGAAUAUUAUGCGUUAAGCCUUAGUAUUGGAAAGGCUCUCAACGUUCAUGAAGCACCUGUUAAGUCAAAACAUGUUAGAGCAGCGAUAAUAGGCACUUACCAUUCAAAUGGAGGACAUGCAUUUUGGGCAAUUGCAAUAAGGCAGCCUUUACAAGAUAAUCGUAUAACAGCUUGGAAAUUUUGCUUCGUGUUGCAUAAAAUUUUAAGAGAAGGUCAUCAUUUAGUGCUGAAUCAUUCAAUGCGACACAGAACUAUGUUGCAUGAAUUAGGAAAACUUUGGGGACAUUUAGCUGAUGGAUAUGGACUGUGCAUUUUACAGUACAGUAAACUUUUGAUCAACAAGUUGAACUUUCAUGAUCGCAACCCAAAGUUUCCAGGAAAUUUAGUCCUUAGACGUGGUGAACUGGAGAAAAUUGCAGCUAACGAUAUUAACGUAUAUUUUCAGCUUGCUAUUGAGAUGUUUGAUUAUCUUGAUGAAAUCAUUGCUCUUCAAGCCACAAUAUUUAAUUCCAUUACAACAUUUGCAGUAUCUUCAAUGACAUCUGCAGGCCAAUGCAGAUUAAUUCCAUUAAUUCCAUGCAUUCAAGAUUCUAAUCAACUAUAUGAUUUUUGUGUACGUUUGAUGUUUUUACUUCAUGCAAAACUGCAAGAGGAUCUCUUGGUUCAUCACCGAGAAAGAUUUCGCACAAUAUUUCGUCAACUUAAUAGCUUCUAUAAACAGUCAGGACAAUUACAAUAUUUCAUCAACCUUAUUACAGUUCCAAAUUUACCAAAGAAUCCACCAAAUUUCCUUCAACAAUCUGAUUUGGGAAAUUAUACUGCACCACGUUUAAAAAUCAUUGCUGAAGAUACAGCAAGUGAAUCUGACAAUAAUUCUGUUGUUGAUAAUUUGGUGGAUACACAAGCACAGGAAACACCAAGAGAGUCACCGGUUAGAAGAGAACCAACUCCCCCACCCCCAGCGCCUACCGUAAACUAUGAAAGGAUGAUCAAAGAUCGAGAGGACAUUAUUGUUCAACUUCAGCAUGAAAACGAACAUCAAAAGAGUGUUUUUAAAAGAACAAUCCACGAGAGAGAAGAACGAGAACACCGUAUACAGGAACAGCUAUCAAAAGUAACAUCAGAAUUGGCUGAAUUGCAAAAUGAAGUGGUCCAAAUAAGACUUCAAAAUGAAGAAUUAGAAUUAAAAGCUGAGACGGCACCAAAUCUUGAACAAAAAGUCUUGCUCGAAGAGGAAAAAUCAAAAAUGACCGAGGAAAAAUUCCAAAAGCUAAAGAAUAUGUAUACACAAAUUCGUGAUGAACAUAUUAACUUGCUACGAAAGCAUGGCGAAACGAACAAAGCCUUGCAAGAAAAUCAAAAAAACAUGUCUGAAUUGUCUAAUCAGAAUGAAGAAGUUAAAUCUAAAUUACAUGAACUAGAAAUGGAAAGAUCAAAGAUUACAGAAUUGCAACAAAAAAGCAUUUCCGAAACAACAGAAAGAGUUGAAGGAUAUGAAAAACGUAUUGCGUCAUUAGAACAAGAAAAUAAGAAUUUAUUAGAUCAGUUCCAAGAUGUUGAUUCAAGCAAAUCAGCACAAAUUGCUGAGUUGCAAAUUAAACUAAAAGAAUUUGAAGAUAAAUGUGAAACUGCAUUUAACAAUGUUGUUAGGUUGGAAGAAGAAAAGAAAGUAAUUGAAGAGAAUUACAGUCAGACUUCAAUAAAAUCUGAUGAGAAUUAUAAAGAACUGUUAAAUACGAUGACGAAUGAAAAAGCAGAACUGGAAGCAACGUUUAAAGAAAAAGAACAAGAAUUAAUUUUAGAUUUUGAGACGAGAAUUGCUGAACUGCAGCAAGAGAAUCAAAACAUACAAGCUCAAUUCCAAGAAACUGAUUCCAACAAAGAUGCUCAAAUUGAAGAAUUACAGGCCAAAUUAAAAGAAGCUGAAGAGAAAUGUGAAGACUUAUCACAAAAUGUUGCCAAAUUAGAAGAUGAAAAGGAAACAAUUGAAGAAAUGUAUGCUCAGAAUAUAGCAAAAUCGGAAGAAAACUUUAAGGAAAUGCAGGAAACUAUGUCGAAUGAAAAUGAAGAGCUUAAAACUAAAUUCAAAGAAAAAGAACAAGAAUUAUUGGAAGAAAUCGAGAGACGUACGACAGAAUUACAAACUCAAUUUGAUGGGGAUCUUUUACAAUCGAAAAUCAAAAAUGAUGCAGCAUUGAGUGCCUUAAUGAAAACAGUUUUGAAAGGAUUUGAAGAGCUUAGUCUUCGUAGUGUUCAAGAAGGUGAAACACCAGGUACUCAAACUAGUUCAGCUUACUUUAUAAUGCUUUCGGAUGAACUGCAAGAUCUUUUGACAAAAUUGACAAUCAUUUAUAAGAGCUUUAGUGAAGAUAAUAAUUUGAAUGCCGAAGGAUUUGCUCGAAGCAUUAUAAGUUCGGGACAUUUGUUUACUUUAAUUUAUGAUCGUGGAAUGGCGAUUUGUAACACAUUGACAAAUAUAAAUUCUGGAGAAAAAAUUGCCAACGAAAUCAAAAAUUAUGGAACUUCGAUGAUGGAACUAUUCAAGUUAUUGUUAAAUGAUUCAGAUCCCGAAUUAGUUAAAAUUAAUGUUGAAAAAUUAAAGGAACAAGUUUAUUUAAUAACCAAUAUGGUAGGUGAUAUUACAAGUAAUAAAGAUGAAAUUGAUAAAUUAGAAGACUUGGUCGAGAAAGAAUUAAAUUCAAUGGACCGUGCUGUUGAAGAGGCAGCAAAGAAAAUUGCAGAAAUGUUAACGCAAUCACGUGCAUCUGACAAUGGAAUCAAACUUGAAGUUAAUGAAAAAAUUCUUGAAUCAUGCACAAAUCUUAUGAAGUGCAUCCAGAUUUUGGUACAGAAAUCUAGAAAGGUUCAAAAUGAAAUUGUUGCAAGUGGAAAAGGAUCAUUAUCAACGAAAGAAUUUUAUAAAAGAAACCACCAAUGGACUGAAGGAUUGAUAUCUGCUGGAAAAUCAGUUGCAGCUGGUGCGAAAUUUUUGGUAGAUGCUGCAAACAAGGCUGUAACAGAGCAAUCGAAUCAUAUGUAUGAUGUCAUUGUCGCUGCUCAAGAGAUUGCUGCUUGUGUUGCUGUUCUUGUUGUUUCGUCACGUGUCAAAGCCCCACGCGACAGCAAAAAUUUGUCUGAGCUUAAAACAGCUUCUAAAGAUGUGACCGAAUGUGUUGGAGCUGUUGUAGCUACAUCGAAAAAUUGUAGUCAGCAAUUGGAAGAGAAUCAAGAAUUUGAUUUUACUCAACUUUCCAUUCAUCAAGCAAAAACGAGAGAAAUGGAAAUUCAAGUAAAAGUAUUAGAGCUUGAGCAGUCAUUAUUGAUGGAACGAAGAAAAUUGUCUUCUUUAAGACGACAGAAUUAUCAAAGUGAAUAG